AUGCUCUCUCUAUCCCUGAAGGCAAUGACUUCCACCACAGAAGCGUCCACUGCGUUGAACCAUCGCGUCGAUCAAAUUGUUCACAAAGUCGAAUCCGGUUUUCAGCUGGCUAGUCGCGGCUCCAGUGGUGUCCGCAAUCACUUUACGGCAUCCCACAUUCAACAAGGCUUCCAUUGCGAGAUUCUGUCCGGCUGGCUUGUUACGGAUGCACGAGGAGAGGGCGGUGUCGAUGACAUUGACCCAAUCGUUGACCGGGGUAAUCAUUUGUUUCUUGAUUUGGGAUGUACAGAUGUCGACCUUGUUGGCGGAUCCAAUAGCGAGCCCACGGCCUCCGGAAAGGAGCUGGAAUAG